GGUAAACGUCACAGUUUGCAGAGAAAGGCUCUACGAGCGCGCGACACACUUCCUCAAUCGACGGAAUCACAGAACGAAAAAAAUACGAAAAGAAACAUAGACUGACAAGAAAGGACAACUUUCAUCGUGCCGCACUGAGAAAGAGCCAGCACCGCGUUUGCAGGGCGAGGUGACCCUGGUACUCAUCACCAUGGCUCCUUUUUUGAGGAUUGCCUUCAACUCUUUUGACUUGGGGGUCCUGCCUCCCCUGGCCGACCCGCCUUUCUGUGCAAUCAAGAUGAAGGAGGCUUUGACAACUGAACGAGGUAAGACCCUGGUUCAGAGGAAACCCACAAUGUACCCGGCCUGGAAGGCCUGUUUUGAUGCCCACAUUUAUGAGGGUCGUGUGCUGGAGGUUUUACUGAUGAAGACAGCGGAGGAGCCGCUGGCUGAGGUCACUGUUGGAGUUUCUGUCCUUGCUGAGCGCUGCAAGAAAGCCAAUGGGCGCGCUGAAUUCUGGGUGGAUCUGCAUCCCUCUGGGAAAGUGAUGAUGGCAGUGCAGUAUUUUCUGGAGGGAGGAGAUACAGUAAGUAAACAGGCUGCCAAGGAGGAAGAGGCUCCUACCCUGCACCGUAGACGAGGAGCCAUUAAGCAGGCCAAGAUCCACUUCAUAAAAAACCACGAGUUCAUCGCCACCUUUUUCAGACAGCCCACUUUCUGCUCUGUGUGCAGAGAAUUUGUCUGGGGACUCAACAAGCAAGGUUAUAAAUGCAGACAAUGUAAUGCAGCAAUCCACAAGAAAUGUAUAGACAAAAUCAUUGGGAGAUGUACUGGUACUGCUGCCAACAGUCGGGAUACUGUGUUCCAGAAGGAGCGCUUUAAAAUUGACAUGCCACAUCGUUUCAAGACCAACAACUACAUGAGUCCCACCUUCUGUGACCACUGUGGAAGUCUGCUGUGGGGUAUAGUCAAACAAGGACUCAAGUGUGAAGACUGCGCCAUGAAUGUCCAUCACAAGUGUCAAGAUAAAGUAGCCAACCUUUGUGGUAUCAACCAGAAACUACUGGCUGAGGCUCUGACACAAGUCAGCCAGAAAUCAUCCACUCGCCGUUCAGACCCAAACCUGACCGACCUGCCUGAUAUAGGAAUUUAUGAUGAAGUUAGCAAGCUUGCUGCACUGGAUAUCAAUGAUGGAUCUGCCUAUGGAAGACUGUGGGAGGGGUCCAGCCCGCGACCUCAGUCUCGUUUGACACAUCUGACACGCAUCAACGUGGACAACUUCAUCUUCCACAAGGUCUUGGGAAAAGGCAGCUUUGGCAAGGUACUGCUGGCAGAGCUGAAGGGUCAUGGAGAGUACUUUGCAGUGAAGGCUCUGAAGAAAGAUGUCGUGCUGAUGGAUGACGAUGUGGAGUGCACGAUGAUAGAGAAGAGAGUCUUGGCUUUAGCCUGGGAUAACCCCUUCCUCACACACCUCUACUCCACCUUUCAGACCAAGGAACAUCUCUUCUUUGUGAUGGAGUAUCUGAACGGAGGAGACUUGAUGUUUCAUAUUCAGGAGAAAGGGCGCUUUGAACUCUACAGAGCCACGUUCUACUCCGCCGAGAUCAUUUUGGGUCUUCAGUUCCUUCAUACCAAAGGGAUCAUCUACAGGGAUCUUAAGUUAGACAAUGUGAUGCUGGAUCAUGAGGGACACAUAAAGAUCGCUGACUUCGGCAUGUGCAAGGAGAACGUGUUUGGGGAGAAUCGGGCCACAACUUUCUGCGGUACUCCUGACUAUAUCGCUCCAGAGAUCCUGCUGGGACAGAAAUACUCCUUCUCUGUUGACUGGUGGUCAUUUGGGGUAUUGUUGUAUGAAAUGCUGAUUGGUCAGUCGCCUUUCCAUGGAGAUGAUGAGGAUGAGUUGUUUGAGUCCAUCCGCAUGGAUACUCCCCACUAUCCUCGCUGGAUCAACAAGGAAGCCAAGGACCUACUUGAACGGUUGUUUGAGAGGGACCCCACUCGCAGGCUAGGAGUUGUGGGUAAUAUCUGUUUACAUCCCUUCUUCAAGUCUAUCAACUGGCAGGCCUUGGAGAUGAGAGAGGUUGAGCCCCCCUUCAAACCCAAAGUGAAAGCACCGAAUGAUUGCAGCAACUUCGACCGGGAGUUCCUCAGUGAGAAGCCACGUCUCUCCUACAGCGAUAAGAACUUCAUAGACUCCAUGGAUCAGGCAGCAUUCUCUGGCUUUUCAUUCAUCAACCCUAAGAUGGAGCACCUUUUAGAGAAGUAACAGUUGUCAUGACAGACAGGUGGGGAUACAUCCCUACUGCUAAGACACAGCUCCCUUAUUCUGUCACCUUACUGAACUUUUAAGCACAAUCUAAUGUCCUGGGGUACGUGUAGAAAUAAUAAGAAUAGAAACACACCGUUUUAAUGUAUAUAUUGAUGUUACUGUGUAUGUGGGCAUGCUUAUUAUUUCUCUAGGCCUUAUGACUAAUAAUAUAAGGGCGGGAGGUUGAAACUACUUCCAUUCCACUUGACGUCACUGCUUCCAUCUGCAGCAGUUUUGUGUCUCUUUUUGGUAAAAUACUUUUUGACUCUUAUAAGAAUAAAAACUAUGAAGAGGAAAAGAAACCCAAAAGAACUCAACUUUAAUGUAACUUUAGUGUAGAUUGUUUGUGAGAAUGAGGAGAGUGCAUGUAUAGAGACCUCAGACCCAAUUCUAUCAUGUUUAAAUAUAGGUUAAAGAGUUUUAACUGUCUUUGAAACAUUUGAAUUUUUACCUUUGGAUAAAUUAUGUCUAGCUGACAAAGAGAAACUUGUAAUUAAGUGACUGACUUAAAAGAGCCAUAUAAAGGACAAAUGUAAACAAGAUGUAAAGUUUUGGCAGAGUGCAGUCACUGUUAUGUUGUAUAUAGGAAAUGUAUAUGUAAACUGUUGUAACGUGUAUAUUUGUUUGCUGAGGAUGUAUUUUUUUUACCGCGUCCAUCUUUUACAUCUGAUUAAAAACAAUCAACUCCCAA